AUGGGACAAAACAUUGCUCAUAUUCAUCAUCUUCAUCAAAACCAUGAUGAAGACGCAGAAGAAGAAGAAGAAGAAGAAGCAAUUUCAGAUACCAAAAACAACCCAGAAAAUGAUCUCUUGGUAAAAGUGUCUGGAACUCGAAGAUCAUUAUCCGAGGCUGCCCCUGAGUUCUUCGAGUUUAUCAGCGAUCUUAGCUUCGACAUGUGCCCAGCUGACGACAUAAUCUUCUGCGGAAAACUCAUUCCUCUGAACCAACAAACACCAAAAGAUUAUUCUUUUGAAGAAACCAGGAAAACCCAUGUUUUACACAAACGAUCCGAGUCACUCUCCGAUUUACCCAGCGAAUCUAUAACUCGCUCGGAAAUCACGAAAGACUACACUAAAAUUCUCAGAAACAGUCGUUCCUUGGAUUAUAGAAAGCUUCGACGUUAUGACAUGGAGAGGAAUACUUCAACAAGAAGCGCCAGAAAACCCGAAGCCUCGGCGAUGAAAGUUAAUAAACGAAGGUGA